CGACGAUUCGAAUUCCUUUAUUGAUUUUUAAUUCUUUUGCUAAUAGCGAUACUUAUUAAUUAAGAAAUUAUUGGAAGUCUUCGGUUUGAUUAUCUCUCAGAGAACGGCAGCCGGCAACCAACUCUUCCACCAUCCAGCGGCCGGCUGUCAAAAACUCUCUCUCUCUCUCUCUCUCUCUCUCUCUAUGCGUUCAUGAACAGCUUGGUGAGUGAUUCUUACGACAAUGAAGUUGCUUCGAUGAAGAAAAGUCCAGGAUCAACUUCGAUCGGAGCUUGGUGAGUGAUUCUUACGACAAUGGAGUUGUUUCAUUGAAGAACAGUCCAUGAUCAACUACGAUUAAGUAGUUUACUGCUGAACAUAGAUCUUUGUGCCGCUUGAAGAUUUUGAUCUGUUGAUUUGAUUUUCGGUAGAUAAAGAGAUGACGAAGUGAAAUUUAAUGUGCCUUUGUUAGUUAUUAAAGAGUGAACUCGAGGGGAGAACUGUGCCUAAGGAUGGCUGGUGAAUAUAGGUUCGCAAUGGACCAAAAGGACAUUGUGAGGUUAUUGGUUGCCACCAUUGAUGAUUUCACCCUAGGUCGUUUAAUCAAUAAAGAGCAGAGGAACCUGCACAAAGAGCAGUGUGCUGAGAGGCUGGCAGCUGAAGAUGGAAGCGAUGGCAAAGAUGCAGAAGUUAGGUACUCUGAUCAAGCAGUGCUGGCGAAUUUGGAUUGGGGUAUUGAAGCCCUUGAGGAGGCUCUCAACACAUCCAAUAUGGAAACUAAAUUUGCGCGACUUGACCAUGCGGAGAAGAUGCUUCAAGUGUGUGCCUUGUUGAACUCUAACGAGAAAACUGCUGGAGUUCCCAACUUCUACCUUUCUGCUUGGGCUCAUCUAAAUCUUUCAUAUCUCUGGAAAUUGCGAGGAAAUGUUAACAACUCAGUUCUUCAUAUUCUUGAGAUGUUUAUAGUGGAUCCCUUAUUUUCACGCAUUGAUUUUGCUCCUGAUCUCUGGAAAGAACUCUUUCUACCCCACAUGAGCUCAAUUGUUGGGUGGUAUUCAGAGGAGAGGCACAGGCUUAUGAUCGAAGUGAUUCCUGAUUCCUCUGAUUUAUCUUUCACAGCUGACUUAGAUCAAUUCUUCAACGAAUCUUUGAUAUUCUCGCUGAGGCCUGAUCAGGGGGAGAAAUUGCAUAAAUUGGAGCAGCUUUAUGGCGAAUCUUUGGACAAGAACACAAGGCUCUUUGCUAAAUACUUCAAGGAUUGUAUGAAUGCUGAUUCAAGCUCUACCAAGAAGGUUGCACCGAUGCUGCCAAUCGCGGAGCCACCUAUGACUCCUCUUCACGAAGUGAGCCGCUCAAUUCCAGAUUACGUAAAAUUCGGACCUAUUUUACCCAAGAGUGCCGGGUUUUCGUCCAUACCAAAAUCUAAAGAUGGUGCAACAGAAGCAAGCAGGCCAAAGGAGACUUCCAAUUCAGCCAACAACACGGAGAAAUUUGCACGGUGGCAUGCUCAGACUGAUUCGCUAGAGGAGAAUGAGGACGAUUCUGAUCAUGAACCUUACGAUUCUUACGAUCUCAGUGAUACUACAACUCAUAAGUUACUAUCACCUAGUAGCACCAGGACGUCGGAGGAUGAACAAACAGAAUCUAAAGCAGAGAUGUCGAAAGUGAGGAGUCGCAUACAUUCUCCCACUAUUUUUUCUCCAAUUGCAUCUCCUUCAAUCCCUUCACCGAAAGUUUCGUCUCCAAAAAUGGAUGAGAAAUGUAAAAGUGGACCUCAUUCUGCGCUGCGACUAUUAUCCAGCCGCUGCAGCGAUCGACGUGUUGCUACCCCUGUAGCCGGAUCACCAGCAAUUAGGAGCGAUUACAGCUUCAGUUCGGUAGAGUCUGAUGGUGAUGACUUGAAGAAAAACUGCAGGAAAAGCUAUAGGCAAACAUGCAAUGUAACCUAUGACAACGUGAGUAGCCAAGACUUCGAGAAUUGUUCAAUAGACGAACUUGAGGAGGAAAGCAGAAGUCGAUUGUCUGAAAAUCCGACACACGUGGUGCGACCCCCUAAAGACUUCGUAUGCCCCAUAACAGGUCAGAUUUUCAGUGAUCCUGUUACUCUAGAAACUGGGCAGACUUAUGAAAGAAAAGCGAUUCAGGAAUGGUUAAAAAGAGGAAAUACAACUUGCCCCAUUACACGGCAGCCAUUGUCUUCAACUGUAUUGCCUAAGACGAAUUAUGUCUUGAAGAGACUGAUAACGUCUUGGCAAGAACAGCAUCCUGAUCUUGCUCAAGAUUGUUCGUGGACUGGUACAUCAGUAAGUACUGUCAGUUCCGCCUUCAAAAAGGCGAGCUCUCUGGCAUCUACUCCUAGCAGAUCAUCUUACCUUCCUCUUAGCAAUACGUACGGGUCUCUAAACCAAAAAGGCAAAAGAUUAAUGCAAGUGGCAGUGGCUUCAUCGCCGACAAGUGUAAUCUCUCAAGCUACAGUCGAGAAGAUCAUUAGCAAUUUAAAACCUUUUGUCUCUUGUCUUUGUAAUUUCGAAAACUUGAAACAAUGUGAAACAGCUGUGCUCGCCAUAGCAGGAUUUUGGAGGGACUCAAUAUGUGAUCCAGCAGUUCAUUCUUAUUUAUCUGAAUUGGCUGUUGUCAACGGAUUUGUGGAAAUAUUACUAAAUUCCCAGGAAAGAGAAGUUCUCAGAACGUCAAUCUACAUUCUUUCUGAGCUUGUUUGUGCAGAUGAAAGUGUUGGAGAGUCCCUUAGUAGUCUAGAUUCGGAUUUUGAUUGCCUAGCUUCUUUACUGACGAGUGGGUUGGCAGAGGCUUCUGUUCUUAUGUGCCUGCUGAGGCCUACAUUUACUCAGUUAUUAGCUCAUGACCUAAUACCUUCCCUCGUCCAGCUGCUCCAGAAGAAAAAUGAAGAUUUUGAUGAUCUUCCGUUUAUAAUAGAGCCAAAGGAUGCAGCUAUCGCAAUGCUUGAACAAAUUCUUAUGGGAGGGAAUGAAAAUAGCCAAUCCCAGAAUGCUAAGAGUCUUAUCUCUGCUAAAGGGAUCCCUGCAUUGGUCAAGUUUUUGGAUGGGAUAGAAGUGAGGAGGUCAAUACUUUCCAUGCUUUUAUGUUGUAUGCGGGUGGACAAUGGUUGCAAGAACUCGAUAGUAGAGGAGAUAGAGCUUGUUCCAGUACUUGAGUUAUUUCAUGCUGGAAGUGAUGACGAGAGAGGCCUGUGUGCUGCUUUUCUAUCAGAGCUGGUUCAGUUGAACAGUAGGACAAUAUGCAAUCAAAUAUUGCAGACAAUUAAAGACGAAGGAGCAUUUAGUAUGAUGCAUACACUUCUAACACAUCUUCAAAUGGCUCCAAUGGAACAACAACCGAGCAUUGCUUCUCUUCUUCUGCAGCUGGAUCUCCUGGUUGAACCACGAAAAAUGAGCAUUUACCGAGAAGAAUCAAUAGAUGCCUUGUUUGAAGCUUUUCGAAAAAAGGAAAACUAUAAUUCUCAAAUUGCAGCUCUAGAUGCUUUAUUGUGUCUAUCUGGGCGAUUGACUUCCUCAGGGAAGUCCUAUACAAAAGCGUGGUUGCUCAAACUUGCAGGAUUUGAUCAGCCUUACAAUGCUUUGAUGAAGGCCGAGGGACUGAGGAAGCCUGAUAGCGAAUUAUUGGAGACGGUGGAGGAAGAGAAGGCUGUCAGCACGUGGGAGAAAAGGGUAGCACUUGUUCUUUGUAAUCAUGAAAAAGGGUACAUUUUUAAAGUCUUGAAGGAAUGCCUAAAGAGUAAAUCCUUAGAGAUUGCAAAGUCCUGUCUUGUCAUUGUUUCGUGGCUCUGCCACAUGCUUUCGACACUCCCAGAUACUGGGGUACAGGAGACUGCUCGCAGGUCCUUGCUUGAUGAACUUGUAAACAUUAUCCAAUCUUCUAAUAGCUUGGAGGAGAAGAUUUUGGCAUGCCUUGCUUUGAAAACUUUCAUUAGCGAUCCAGCUGCACUCGAGGAACUGGGACUUUGUGCAAGAUCCAUCAACGAAACGUUGAGAAAGCUCAGGAGAAGCUCAUUGGUGGUCAAUGAUAUAACGAAAGCCUUGAUGAACUUGCCAUCUGUUGACGCAACAGAGCUUUGGAGUUAUACUGAAGUUGGUGCACUAGAUUCGAGCUCAAAUGGAGAGGUUACAUCCCUGGUUCAUCUGAAUGGGCGAGUUCUAAGCAGUCACUCGGAUGGAACCAUAAAGGUUUGGGAUGCUGGAAAUAAAGUAUUAAGGUUGAUCCAAGAAGCUCGUCAGCACACAAAAGCUGUAAAGUGCCUUUGUGUUUCUUCAUCCGGCGACACAUUAUACAGUGGUUCCUUAGACAAAACAAUUAGGAUAUGGGCCAUCAAAUCCGAAGAAAUACAGUGCAUUCAAGUUCAUGAAGUGAAGGAGGCGGUUUAUGACUUAAAAGCCAAUGCCGACGUCGCAUGCUUUGUUUCUCAAGGAACUGGAGUUAAGGUUUACAACUGCUCCGGAGUCCCCAAGCAUAUUAAUUUCAACAAAUACGUUAAAUGCCUGGCGUUAUCAGAAGAUAAACUCUAUUGUGGUUGCUCCAGUGACAGUAUACUGGAGGUAGAUUUGUCCAACUACACAACGAGCACAUUCUAUGCUGGUGUUAGAAAAUUGCUGUGGAAGCAGAACAUCUAUUCUUUGCACAUCAAUGGCGACCUAAUGUUUGCCGGAGGUUCUUUGGUGGAUGCAACAGCCGGGAAGGUAUUUUCGCUGUCUAAUAAGGCAGCAGUGGGAUCCUUGUCGACUGGAGUAGACAUCCACCACAUGGCCAUAAGCACCGACUUCUUGUUUACAGCCUCUAGAUGUGGUAUAAUAGAUGUCUGGUCGAAAGAAAAGUUGACAAAAGUUGCUUCACUUAAAUUAGGUAAUGCUAGUGGUAGCCACACAAAGCUUACUGCCCUAACCACAGAUGAUGAUGGGGAAUUGCUCCUUGCCGGCACCUCUGAUGGAAAAAUACAGGUUUGGGCUCUGCAAUGAAGCCGGUUUAUCUUAAGGAGUAAGAUGCAAAUUACUUAUUUAUACUGUUCGAUUGCCAAUUCAUAAGGUAAUUUACUUGUACUUCUGCUGAGAUGAAACAAAUAUUACUGACGUUCAAAUUAUUUACGAGUGGGUUUUAGGAUGCCCAUAAGUGUGUCAUUAUUAUACUUUUAAGAAUAAAGACAUCUGUCAGGGGAAUUCUUCCUUAUCCAACUUGUAAUGAUAAACUACAGGUAUGGUAAUAAAGUAUAUAUUCCUUUAAUAA